AUGUCAGCAUCCACCAGUAUGAGUUCAUUUGAUCUUAAUAUUAAUAAUGAGGAAAUCAUUAAUAAUUCAACUGAAAGACCUAUUGGUGUGAAAAAAGCAAAGACAAAACAAUUAGGUGAUGAUCAAUUUAACAAACUAAUGGAACAAAGUAAAAAACUCGUUCAAGUUAUUGAAAAGAGUAACACAGAUAGAAAUGAACGUCAUAAAAGAAAGACUGAAGAUAAAAUUUUAUUCACGGAUUUGGAUUCUAUAUCCGAUCCAGAGUUUCGCCAGUACAUUCAAAGCGAAAAAAGAAGAAUUUACAGAGAAAGAGCACGAACAUCUGAAGUUGGAGAACAAGGAGAAGGAUCUCAAUAUCAGGGAUCACAAUAUCGAGCAUCUCAAUAUCAAGGACAAAGUGCUUAA